AUGGAUCACGAACUUCGCGACUCGAGGGACGCGAUACUAUCCUCACACAGGUCGCGCCGAAGUUUCGAUGCCGCCCAAGGCCAUAAUGCCAGCCAAAGCCCCUGCCGUGAGCCGUCUUCGGCGAGAGAGAAAGACUUGCUUAUCACGCCGGCAGACAAGGUGACGCGAAUCCUGCAGUCAUGCAGGGACAACGAUCUCGAUGCAUUGACCGCUCUGGCAACGAGUCCCGGCGGCUUUGUUGACGACGGCACCAGAAAAACCGCGUGGCCAGUGCUGCUGGGUUCAGUAGCAGGCUCGGGGACCAUCGCCACGGACGAAGAUGAAACGUGGAGAUCACUGCCGCGGCAUCGCGAUGAGGAUCAAGUGAGGCUUGAUGUCGACAGAUCCUUCGUGUAUUAUCCAAACGACCAAUCAGAGAAGCAGAUACAAGUCAAAAAGCAGGAGCUCUCCGAUCUGAUCACGAAGACGCUUCGAAAACACCCCGCCCUGUGUUAUUUCCAGGGCUAUCAUGACAUAGUCCAAGUCUUCCUGCUGGUUCUCGGAGUUGCUCGGGCACCGCCGGCCGUUGAGCGCCUUUCCCUGCUCCGGAUACGAGACUUCAUGCUCCCCUCGCUCUCUGCAGCCAUCAGCCACCUACAGCUGCUCCCUUCGAUUCUUCAUGCUUCGGAUCCUGUUUUAUGCAAGCAUGUUGAGGGCACUCAGCCAUUCUUCGCGUUGGCAGCGACGCUAACACUCUACGCCCACGACAUCCAAGAAUAUGGAGACAUCGCGCGGCUGUUCGACUUCCUCCUGGCUCACGAGGCCGUAGUGUCUGUCUAUCUCUACGCAGAGAUCAUCCUGUCACGAAAGCAGGAACUGCUCGAGAUUGACGACGAUGAGCCGGAGAUGCUCCAUUUUACCCUCUCGAAGCUUCCAAAUCCUCUCAAUCUCGAGCAUCUGAUCUCAGAGACUGUAGUCUUGUUCCAGAAGUACCCUCCAGAGUCACUUCCGUUCCGCGCCUGGCGGAGCAUAUCCUCGUACAGUGUCCUCAAAACCACUCGAUCUCCCAGGCAGCUGGCCGGCCAGACUCUGGAUGAUGGACAAGUGCUGUUUGACAAGCAGGCUGCGCAGAUGCGGCGCGCUCACGCUGUGCAACAGGUGAUGAAAGACACUAAAAGGCUCAUGUGGGUAUACAGACGGCCGGCUGGAACUCUCAGCCUGACUAUACUUAUCGGGCUGUUAGCGCUGUGGCUUGGGAAGCACGGCGCUGCUGGAAAUAGCCCAUUGGCGAGCUCAGCGACCACAUGGGGGCCGACCUUAGGAACCCUUGUCGCAUUCCUAAGAGGCCAUCGGUAG